AUGGAAGCUAAUUUCCUCUUCUCCCCUUCCUCCAUCACCCUCUUUCUCGGCUUCUUCAUAGCACUGCUAGUGGUGCUCAGGAGAGCAGGGAGUGGAGAUCGCAAGUCACAAGGACAAGUACUAGCUCCUCUGCCACCCGGCCCUCCCAGACUUCCCCUCAUCGGAAACAUCCACCAAAUCGCCGGCGCCAACCCUCACCGUACUCUGCGCAGCCUCGCUCGAACUCACGGCCCGCUGAUACUGCUCCGCCUCGGGCAGGUCAACUUGGUGGUCGCCUCGUGCGUGGAGGCCGUGGAGGAUAUCAUCAAGCGGCAUGACCUCAACUUUGCCAGCCGGCCGACCGACUUGACCUUCGCCAACAUAUUGGCCUACGACGGGCUCAGCGUCGCCAUGGCCCCCUACGGUGGAUAUUGGAAGCAGAUGAGGAAGAUCUACGCCAUGGAGCUGCUCAACUCCCGGCGCGUCAAGUCCUUCGCCACCAUCCGCGAGGAUGUGGUCCGUAAGAUGACGGCGGAGAUAGACAGCAAGGCUUUGGCCCAAACGCCUCUCGAUCUCGGCGCGAUGUUGAGCUCCAUGGCCAAUGUGUUGGUGGUCAAAACGGCGUUCGGCGAAAGAUGCAAACAACAGUCCGAGUUCUUAGAGCUGGUGAAGGAGGCAGUGGGCCUCCUCACCAGCUUCUCGGUGGGUGACAUGUACCCCUCCCUCAAAUUCUUGGACACUCUCACUGGAUUGAAGGCCAAGUUAGAGCGUGUUCGUGGAAAGUUAAACAAAGUGUUCGAUGAAAUCAUGGGACAGCGUCAGGCUGCUGCACGAGCCGAUGCACCAGCGGAGGAGGAUUUAUUUAUCGACGUACUUCUCAGGCUUAGAGAUAAAGGCGGCCUAGAUUUUCCCAUCACAACCGAGAGCAUCAAGGCCGUUGUCCUGGAAAUAUUUAUUGGAGGAACAGAGACAUCAUCGUCGACGAUUGAAUGGGCUAUGUUUAGAGCUGGUGAAGAACCCUGA